CGGCAGUCGUGUGGUUGUUGUCUGCUGUUUGCCGCCGUCUGGGUAGACGUUACGUUGUCGUGCGUUGUCGUCGUUAGUUGCCCUUGCGAGAACGGUUGUGUUACAUGGCUGACGUGCUCCGCAAGCUGCCGCUGGUCCUCCUCGUCGUGAUUCUGCUUGUAGUUGUCGUCUUUGUUCAGGUGUGCAUAUUGGGGAGGUUUCCUUCACGUACUCGCAGGAAACGAGGGGUGAGGAAGAGCGUGGCCAUGGACGGGCGGCGACCGAAUCUUGCCACGUUGUCGGACACUUAUCCCAGCCACCGGCCUGCAAUCUGCACCGGUGUAGACAGAAGGGCGGCAGGUCUGUCGACGUACGAAGGACUCCCGCCUCACAUGCAGCCUCUGCCCGAUUCGGACGAGGGGGAGGCAGACAUGGACGUGUCCAACACAGUUCCGCUGGGUAGCGGGUCGACCCAGGAAUGGACGGGUAGCAAGUUGUUUGAUGGGCGCGGAGCGAAGUACAGGCAGUCGUUCACUUCCCUCCUCCACGAAGGUGCACAGGAAAAGGAACGCCUCCCCCCUGUGGAUCUCACAUUUGGCCGGCGGAGCGGGAACCCAUCUUCUGCCACGCGCACUGUGCUCGUGAACCCUCAUCCCGACGACGACGCGGGGCAGGUGACAUUGGUCGGCAGGGGCACGAGGGGUGGUUCUGCGCGUCAGGAGACGUCCGAGAAGACGAGGGAGCGGCCUCNCGACGACGACGCGGGGCAGGUGACAUUGGUCGGCAGGGGCACGAGGGGUGGUUCUGCGCGUCAGGAGACGUCCGAGAAGACGAGGGAGCGGCCUCGAGUGCAGGCGACUUCUGGCCCGUCAAUUCCACGCACCACCGCUGGUCACCCUGAGUGGAUGAACCCCCCUCCUGCGUUCUCCAGGGGCCGCGACACCGUUCCUCGUCCACUUGAACGGGGUGUGAGUGCCGAAGAGCUCCCUUUCGAGGGCGCGUGCGGAGAUGGCAGGCGGGUAUGGAAGGAGUCGAGGCAGGAGUUGCGGCGGCAGCAAGAAGAGUCCAUAACGCAAGGUGUGCAGCGAUUACACGUGGGCGAGCGGGCCGGGCAAGCAGACGCGGUUGGCGGGGGGGGUGACGUCUGGACAGACGGUGACGAAGUUGAGUGCGACGCUGAGGAGGACGACAGCAGCGACGUGUUCCCGUUGCGUGCGCCGAACAUGGGUGGCAGGGGCGGCAGAGGCAGGGCUUCGACGAAUGCUGGGCGAAGGCGGAAGAGGCCGUCGGCGGCCUCUGCUGAUGCGGAAGGUGAGGGGGAUGGGGAGGGUGGCCGGAAUUUCUGGUCUGUGGAUCACAUGGUGGCCCUCAUAAGGGCGAAGCGGGAUCAGGACGCCCAACUGCAAGCGGCGGGGCACACAUUCGCUCGGAUGUGGUCGAGGGAGUGGAAAUGGUUGGACGUCCGAGAGAGGUUGCUGAAGGUCGGUGGUGAUAGGCCGGCAGACAAAUGCGGGAAAAAAUGGGAUAAUCUCAUGCAACAGUUCAAAAAUAUCCAUACUUUCAUGGGCAUGUCAGGGAAGGAGGACUUCUUCCAGUUAACGAGUCAGCAGAGAGCAGAGAAAGAAUUCAGCUUCAACAUGGAUCGGGCCGUCUACGAGGAGAUCAAAGGGGCGAAGGAGAGGAGCCACACUAUCAGCCCGAGCAAUGUUGCAGACACCGGUGGCGCAGGAGGUGUGCAACUCCCAUCUGCUCAGUCGGCGACUCCGGAGUCUGUGGGUGACGGGGAUGCCGCUGGAGAUGGUAACGACGAAGACGACAACUCAGCGCGCGGUGGCCAGACGACAUCUUCGCGUUCGGACUCCUCGUCGCGCACUGCCUUUGUCGCCACCAUCGCGCAGUCCCGACGUCAUCUUCACGUCGCGACACCGUUCCUUUUCGCGCAGUGUGUGUCUCGCCGCCAUCUCUCUCGCCAGACGUCAUCUUCACGUCGGGACUCCUGUUCGCGCACUGUUCGUCUCGCCGCCAUCUAUCUCGCCAGACGUCAUCUUCACGUUGGGGCUCCUGUUCGCGCACUGCUCGUCUCGCCGCCAUCUAUCUUGCCAGACGUCAUCUCGACGUUGGGACUCUUGUUCGCGCACUGUGUGUGUCGCCGCCAUCUAUCUCGCCAGACGUCAUCUCCACGUUGGGACUCCUAUUCGCGCAGUGUGUGUCUUGCCGCCAUCGCUCUCGCCAAACGCCAUCUUCACGCUGGGACUCCUGUUCGCACACUGUGUGUCUCGUCGCCAUCUCUCUCGCCAGACGCCGUUUUCGCCAGACGUCGUAUUCACGCUUGGACUCCACCUGCGCAGGCUUUCCCUCGCCGCCAUCGUUCUCGCUCUUCCUUCUUCUCGUCAUCGCUGUCUGUCUUCUCCGCGAUGACGAAUACUCGCAGCUCUGGCAAGUGGAAAAGGGAGAGCGACUCCCAGAAAACGGAAGUUGUCGGCGUCGUGAAGCGGGGGAGGCAUCAGGCGAAGAAGCCCAAGGCAUCAAGCGGCGGUGCUCUGGUGAUCGGGAGGUCCGCGCGGGAAGAGUGGGUAUUUGACGAGGCCAGCAGCGGACAGGACGACGAUUUCGAAUCGGAGGCGGACACGUUUCAUGGGAGGAAAGGGACCUUGCGUCACGUGUCGAACGCGAGAAUGGUGAGCGGAGAGGAAGGCGUCGACGGUGGUAAAAUGGGGGUCACGGGGUUGCGCGAGGCAAGGGUGAGGCGGCCGGCGACGUGGGAGGCAGUGUUGCUGCCAGGGAGGAGCGUGGCCAGCCGACGACCCCUGCCAUGUGCGGCGUCGUGCCGUCGAAGGACGUGCAGGCCGCCCAGGACGCAGAGGCGAUCCGGAAACAUGGCGGCUCUGGAGGCGAAAGCGAAACUGUGUGUAGACGAUCUGCGUUUCUGGAACGAGACGGAGGGGCAUGGGAUGUUCAAGAUCAUCCAUGAGACGCGCCUGCACCUCAUUGCCGUCGCGAAGGGUGUGAAACCGUCGGAGAUCAGAAAAAGCGUUGUCCUCCCGAACGCCACGAUCCCUCAGCAGAAGCUGGAAGACUCGUCGGAGUUGGGGGCCGCGAAGGAGAGGGCUUCGAGGGUGCAGACUGUAGCGUUGCGCAUCAUCCAUGGGUGGAUCUUCAAGUCCCCCAAUCGCGCGCGCGGGUACCACUGCUCGUACGACUAUGUGCUGAACCACGUCGCCACAGACCUCACCCGCGCCAUCUGGUUUGGAGAGGAUUGGCGGGUAUGUGUGAGUCCGACGGUCGUCCAUAACACCUUGGAGCUUCAUAUGAAGUUCCCCAUCUGGUACAUAGGUGGCGUCAUACACGACAGGCACGAGGACGACGAAAUGGCAUCGUAUCAGGAGUCCACAACGCAGCGUCUGGUGGGAGCUUUCACGAAUGCUGUUGACACGGGGGAGGGGGUAGACGGCGGGCGGAUAUCGUACGAGAGGCUGAGGAACGUAGCAGACUGCAUGCGCCUUUUGCUGUCUGCCGCCAUGUGGAUCGUGCGGAUGGCGGGAGAUAAUCUCCGUUCGCAUUAUGAGGCGUCCCAUCUCGUGGAGCUCAUUGCGAAACCGACGCUCAUUGCGUCGCUGCAUCGCUCGUUCGACGCGCGCCGACAUGUUCUGCAGUGUGUCAAUGCAGUAACGGAGAAAAUGGGGAAGCCCCCCAUGACGUUGGUCGACCCUCCGGCGCUGUGGACGACUACGGAAAAAAUGGGGAAGCCGCCCGCCGCUGCUGCUGAUGACGACGAUGAUGUCGACGAUGAGGACGUUGAUGAUGAUGAUGAUAACGGUGACGAUGAUGAUGACGGUGACGACGAUGAUGACGGUGACGACAACGAUGAUGAUGUAGACGACGUUCAUGAUGAUGCUGACGAUCGUGAUGCUGACGAUCGUGAUGCUGACGAUCGUGAUGCUGACGAUCGUGAUGAUGACGGUGACGAUGAUGAUGGUGAUGAUGAUGAUGGUGAUGAUGACGAUGAUGAUGAUGAUGACGAUGUUCACAAUUAAAGAGGAUGAUGAUGACGACGAUGAUGAUGACUAAGGUGGUGAUGGUGAUGACGACGAUGGUGGCGACGACGACGAUGUCGUCGACGAUGUUGGGGACAGGAGUUGGCAUGGCGUGUGAAUAGCGGUUGCGCGAGUUUCGUAGACUGUCUUCUACUUCCUUUGCGUCGAGUCGUUUCCUGUUGUCAAAGCGGUUGCCGCGUACGGGUGAGAGCUCGGUUUCAUCUAGCUGACAGCAAAGUGUAGUCGACAUGCACGUCUUUUCAUUCAAGGGGCCACUCAUCGUCGAAUGUGUGGUGUCAUUAAUGUCCAUCAUGUCUAUGCGCAUCAUCGAUGCUAAUUUGAUAUCGUGUGCUAUGGCGAACGUUCGUUUUAUAUCGCAGACGUGUUUUCUUAUGUUUGUUCUUUCCAAUUGCAAAGCUUCCAUGUAAAGUUGUGGGUGAUAAGGUGAAUGAAUUCUGCGUGAGAGA